AUGCGAGCAAGAUUCGAUCCAAACUUCUCAAAUUAUCUACUUCAGGUCGGAAAUGGAACAACACCAAUCACAAUUGAGAAUAAGAUCAAAAUUCUCAGUGAAAUGCUCAUUCCUUACAAAAACGAUGUGGAGUCUUUAGAUGAUCUGAUCGAUGCAGUCUUCCAGGAUAUUGGCAGUUAUUCAGAAAAUUUAUCCGAAAUGACAAAUCGAGCUAUAUUGACACCAAAGAACAAUUCCGUCGAUGAGAUAAAUACAAUACUUAUUCAAAGAUUUCCUGGUACAGUUACACAAUACUAUAGCUUCGAUGAAACGAUUGAUACAUCAGAACAAGAAGGUUUAUGCAAUGGAACACGUCUUAUUUGUCGCAACUUUGAACGAAAUAUCAUUGAUGCUGAAAUUGCAGUUGGUCACCACACCGGAAAAAGAGGCAACCGACUACAAGCAACAAUUUUCGGCAAAGAUAUAGACCUACGUAAUGACAUGUUACACAUAUUCCGGUCUUAUUACAUCAGUAAUGCUUAUGUUAAGCCUUUAGAUCCCAAGCAUAGAAUUGAAGCACAUGAAUACCAGUGGAUCUUAAAUUCAAGAACAAUCAUCGAAAACAUUCCAGAUGACGAAGUGGAAUUACAACCACCAGAAUAUGAUAUUAUCCCAUUCACCAAUCUGCAUGAGUACAAAAACACUGGAACUGAAAUAGCUAUUCUGGCGAUCGCAAUAUACAUGAAACCUCCCAGAGAAAUUACCUCAAUACAUGGGCCAACAAAAAUUCAAGAAAUAUAUGUUAUCGACCAGAGCCUGAUGCCCGUAUGGUUAACUAUGUGGAGUCGAUUUGUGGACGGUGAAUGCCGAGCAAUCUCUGAUAUUAUUGAAGCUAAGCCAACUCUACUCGCAACACGUUUAAAAGUCAGUUCAUACAAUGGUAUUUCUCUUUCAUCUCAACCGACAAGUGUAUUUACCUUAAAUCCUGUCAUCCCUGCUGCAACUCCAUUAUGUCAAUGGACGAUGCUUAAUCAUGCACUGCUUGAAGAAAUCGUCGAAAAAAAUCUACAUCAUACAACGGCAUCAGCAUCAGCAUCGACAUCAAAUGUUGACAUGAAAGACAUAAUUAAGCUUGAUGAUCUUGCUGGUUUUCUUAAAUCACUACAACCAAUGACGAAAGCAAAAUUUUGGAUUAAAGCAACUAUUUGUGUGGUUGAUCUCCAUCAAAUAUUCUUCUACAUGUCCUGCAUUGGGUGUAAGAAGGGGACUGGAUAUGAGCAAAAUGAAAAAUUUCAAUGUUAUCAUUGCAAAUACAUGAGCAAUGCACAACCACGCUGUCGAGCUUACAUUGAAGUUGACGAUGGUAAUGGACGACUUGGGGCUGUCAUGUUCGGUCAAAUUGCAGAAGAAGCUCUGGGUUGCACAGCAAUCGAACUAAUGGAACAUACAGGAAAGGAACAUUUACCGUAUAUCCAAAAUAUUGCAAAAUUAUGUUCAACCAAAAAAUGGAUCAUACAAUUGGGUGCAGAUUUAGAUCAACUCCAAAAACAACGUCACAAAAACUUCAAUGUUCUCUCCAUAAAUGCUGUAAAUGACGAGAACACACCACUUUGA